AUGGAACUCGCGUUGCAUAUCUCUUCUGUAUACAUUACCUUUUUGUUACCACAUAGCUUACUUCGCAAAUAUAUUGAAGAUAUCAUUUGGAUUUCGAGUUACCUGUAUGUACAAGCAUCAACUUUGCUGUUUCUGGCUAUGUGUUUAAUUACAGUAGAUCGAUUCCUGUGCAUAUAUUUACAUUUAAAGUAUAAUUAUAUUGUUACAAAAACUCGAUUGGUGAAAAUUACAGUUGCAACUUGGAUUGUGAGUGCUCUUCCAGGAGUACCUAUACUUGUGUCUGGCAACAUUUUCCCUUCAGCAUAUUCAUUAAUCUUUGCAAUUCUAAAUGGUAUCUAUGUUUUGAUUACCAUAACGAUUUAUGCAGCAAUUGGUUGCUAUUUUAGAAGAAGAAGAAGGAGUGAGUUUCGAGGAAUUAGAAGAAUAAAAACUUCAUUUGCAACUUCGAAACAAUUUAUCGUACCACUGCUAAUAGUUUUUACGUUCAUAGUUUUUGCUGCUUUACCUAAAGUUAUCAUAAUAUGGCUGCCGUUUAAAACCAAUCUGGAGAUAAUGGUAAUAUUUGUGCAUUUAUUACUAAUUUGUGGUAUUAUUAUUGAUCCUUUGAUUUAUGUUUUUCUUAACAGACAGCUUAGAAAUAUAGCACUACAUCAUAUCUGCUGUGAGCAAUGUUUUUUAACGAAGUUAAAUGAACCGGUCGUGUUACAAAACAUCAGUGCUCAUCACCAUUCUAUGCAAAGUACUGUGCGAACGAUAUGCAAAUUUUAA